GAGGUGAAGAAAAAGAGUUUAAAUUUAAUAUCCAUGUUGGAUAAGUUGCAUUAAAGCACUGGUUUUAAAGUAUGUAGGUGCAUGGAACAAGUAGAGCGUCUUCAUAACUCCUGUCAUUUUAUAAAUGGGUUUGGAGUUAUGUAUUGAAGCUGCAUCUGUAGAAUAUUCCUCUGUAUUAGAGCUUCUACUGGACUUUGUGUUUGCAGGUCAGAGUUACAGUUUGGAAGUGUCCAAGUCGAUCUGUGGUYGUGUAUUUUGUGCAUGUGCUGGACUCUGUACAUGUAGAACUUCACGUCCAGUUCGGUUUACGUUGGUGCCUCCGUGYUGAGAUGAUCGUUCAGUGGGGUUCAGUGCUGCAUGGUGUGAUGGAUGAUGAUGAUGCUUCCCUGAAAGUAAACGUGACAAACCCAUUGGCGUGCCUGACAGAGACCGAUGAGAAGAUAAGGGCCUUGGCAGAGAAGGUCUUCGCAUCGGAGACCAAAGAUGAAAACGUCCGCGAUGAAAUCUCCAUGUUUGACGUGGCAGAGGAUUGUCCAAUCCUGCACCAGGAGAUGGCCCAUCACCUGCACACCGAUGACAACACAGAGAAACGUAAGAGGCUUCAGCGUUGCCGGACAGUAGCCGGCCCAGCUGCCGGUCCCCAGGUAGCAGCUGUUCAUGCGGCGCCGGUGGAAGUGGACGCACCCCUUUACCUGCACGUUCCUGACUUUCAGAGAGUGGCCGUCCUCGGAGACUACGCUGCUGGGGUGACCAUGGAUGACUUUGAGCUGGCAUGUAAGGGUCUGUACCGUGCCUUGACCAUCAGGGAGAAGUACAUGAGACUGGCCUACCAGCGAUUCCCAAGAACAGCCUCCCAGUUCCUGCGUCAGAUGGAGGGGGAGACUUUCAAAAUCGAAGACCAGGUGCAGCCAGUUUUUACUCCUCCKCCCAAGACCGGAGAGGACCCCUUUGACACUUCAAAACUGCCAGAGAAUCUGGGCUACGUGGCYCGUAUGAAGGACGGUCUUAUGUACGUUUACAAUGAUGCUGCCGCUGCUGACAAACAUGAGCCCAAGGACCUGCCUCAUUCAGACUACAACACCUUCAUCGAUGACAUGAACUUCCUCAUCGCUCUCAUUGCACAGGGCCCGACUAAGACGUACACGCACCGACGUCUGAAGUUCCUCAUGUCCAAGUUUAACGUGCACGAGAUGCUGAAUGAGAUGGAGGAGAUGAAGGAGCUGAAGAUGAAUCCACACAGGGAUUUCUACAACUGCAGGAAGGUGGACACUCACAUCCACGCAGCCGCCUGCAUGAAUCAGAAGCAUCUGCUGCGCUUCAUCAAGCGGUCUUACCGUGUGGAUGCUGACCGUGUCGUGCACAACCUUAAAGGGAAGGAGGUCACUAUGAGAGAGCUGUUCGAGUCUCUCAACUUGCAUCCCUACGACCUCACUGUGGACUCUCUGGAUGUGCACGCUGGCAGACAAACCUUCCAGCGUUUUGAUAAGUUCAAUGCCAAGUACAACCCUGUGGGAGCCAGCGAGCUGCGUGAUCUGUACCUGAAGACAGAAAAUCAUAUCAACGGAGAAUAUUUUGCCACAAUUAUCAAGGAAGUAGCCAGUGAUCUGGAGGAUGCCAAAUAUCAGUAUGCUGAACCUCGUUUGUCCAUCUAUGGAUGUAACCCAAACGAGUGGACCAAACUCUCCAGCUGGUUCGUCAAACACAGAGUCUUCUCCCCCAACCUCAAAUGGAUGAUUCAAGUUCCCAGGAUCUAUGACAUCUUCAGAGGUAGGAACUUUGUACCCCACUUUGGCAAGAUGUUGGAGAAUAUUUUCCUCCCCGUCUUCCAGGCCACAAUCGACCCACAGUCCCACCCAGAGCUCAGCAUMUUCCUCAACCACGUGACGGGCUUCGACAGCGUGGACGACGAGUCCAAACACAGCGGUCACAUGUUCUCCACCAAGAGUCCUAAACCAGAGGAGUGGGACAUCAACAAGAACCCGUCCUACACCUACUACAUCUACUACAUGUACGCCAACAUCGCUGUGCUCAACCAGCUGCGCAGACAGAGGGGGAUGAACACAUUCAUGUUCAGACCUCACUGCGGUGAGGCUGGUGCCAUCACCCACCUCCUGGCUGCCUUCAUGACGGCUGACAACAUCUCUCAUGGCCUCAACCUCAAGAAGGGUCCUGUGCUUCAGUACUUGUACUUCUUGGCCCAGGUUCCAAUCGCCAUGUCUCCGCUCAGCAACAACAGCCUGUUCCUUGAAUAUGCCAAGAACCCGCUGCUGGAGUUCCACCAGAAGGGCUUGAUGGUGUCUCUGUCCACGGACGACCCCAUGCAGUUCCACUACACCAAGGAACCCCUGAUGGAGGAGUACGCCAUUGCAGCUCAGGUCUUUAAGCUGAGUACUUGUGACAUGUGUGAGAUUGCCCGAAACAGCGUGCUGCAGAGUGGCUUGUCUCAUGAGGAGAAGGUCCACUUCCUGGGUGCAGAUUACCUGAAAGAAGGUCCGGAGGGCAACGACAUCCGUAAAACUAAUGUGGCUCAGAUCAGGAUGGCGUAUCGCUUUGAAACACUGUGCUACGAGCUCAACCUCAUCAGGGAGGGUCUGAAGGCAGAGUGAACACUUCUCUGCAUCAAAGAAAAGCCUCUACGUUAGUUUUUCACAGGAACUUUUGGAAAUCUUCAAGACGAAAACCUUCUAAAACACUGGUGCUCUCUUCUGUUUUGCGUUGUGGUUUUGCUGCAAAUGCCGUCUUCAGCUGGAGAAACAUCAUGUAGAAGAAUGAAUAAAAAAUAAAACGUAAAGAUAAACAAGUA